AUGGCUGUCGGGAAGAAUAUCCAAUUAAUCCUCGUCAUCCUUUCUUCGACGUCCGUCAUUUCGCACUCUCGCGUGGCUCAAGGCACAGGCAGACGAUUAUUCGGUGGAUACAGAAUAGUGCCGAAAGCAUGCCAGCCGUCUAUCCCGUCGCGAGUGAAAUCGAACGAGCCCGCGAUAUGCAUGUUCAACUACGAGUGCUCGCGUCGAAACGGACAAGUUGUCGGCGCGUGUAUGGACGGUUUCCUCUUCGGCGCGUGCUGUCAGCUGCCGUCGAAAACAUCAACCGUCGACAAUCUCGAGAAGAUACCAGACGCGGAUGAAAUAUUCAACGUGCACGAGAUCGAUCACGUCCCAGAUAUUCCUAUACUAUUAAAUUCCGACGGGACGCCCCUCGGUAUGACGAUACCACAGGACAACGCCGUGAAGACCGAGGCGUCGAACCGUCCGAGCAACCACGGUACAACGUACACGAAAGUUUCGAUCUUCGACGCGCCAUCGACCACCGCGAGACCGUCUUUCGGCACGUCUCACGUGAUGGACAGCAUCGAGAACGCUGAAAAGCCACAACUGCCCGUCCAACCGGACAUAAGUCACCUGGGGGAGGAUUUCCCGGCCCUUCUGGGUCAACAAAACAUUUUGGACGACCUGAGCCUACCGAAUCUGUUGAGUCACUCCGACGCGAACAACGACGUACAGAAUCACCAAGAUACGUCCGCCGUAAAUCCGGUUACCACUCUGCUCAGCCCUGAUCAGAUACUACAGAUAGCCGAUCCGGUCGAUCAGCUGCCAGCCCUGUUCUCUCAGGGACUGGGUCAAAGCGAUCACGUUUCGGCCGACACGAUACUGUUGAACGAGAAUGGAACCGCGCUGAACGAGACGCAUAACCCGGACGAUUUGUUCAAGCCCGGCGUCGAAUCGAGCACCGAGAGAAAGCGAGUGACCGAUGCUCCGACUACCACACAGAAACCAAAACCGACCGACGAUGCACCGACCAUGGGAACCAGAAAGAAACCAGCGCACGGUACCACUCAGUGGGUGAAGUUUCCCGAGUAUCCUGGAUCCUCCGUGACAAACGGAGUGUCGUCCAGCCUCGACGGGCAGAAGAUCAGCACCUCGUCGAUGACGAAAUCUCCGUUCGUCACGCAGAUGUACGCCAACACGCAGAGACUCACUACUGCUCCUCCCGUUUCCGAGACGGUGUUCGAUAAUUUUGAAAAGAUCGGAACGAUCGAGGAAAGAGUGUCGACGAAGAACGUGCAGGCGCUCGAUUGGACCGACGAGAAAACGACCACGCCGAUGACCACGCUGAGCGACAAGAAGGACGAUCUGAUCAGAGUGCCGACGAUCACUUACGACACACCGUCCGGUAUCAAGAAGAACGACAUGGUGGAUAAAGAGGAGCUGGCGAUCAACCACAUAAUUUCUAUUCUCAACGACACGAAACCGGGCUCGGGGACCACCAUUCAGACUCCGAAUUCGUCCAUCAACAAAUGGGUCAGCAUCGACGAGACCUCGAAACCGUCCUUGGUCAGAAUUUCGUCGACGAAACCAGCUGUUCCCGGACCCACCACUGCUCAGUCCUUCCCUUAUAUAUUCUACAAACCGGUGCAAACGUCUAACUAUUACAACUACGAAACGGUCCCCACGGAAACGACGUAUCCAUCGCACUCGACCUCUAAUUCGUAUUCUUCGAGGCCAUCGACACAGUCGAGUUUCACCAGUACCAGCAAUUACGGUUACUCCACCAAAACAACUACGAACCCUCCAGCGCCGACGUUGAUAGUUCUGGGCCCGCUGGAGACAGAGUUUGCCGAAACAUCGCAGAAACCCGUCACGAGGAAGCCAACGGAAGCUGUCAGACCCACAGCGGCGGCUACCAGACCCACCAUCGGAUCGACGAGACCCAGUCCGCUCACUACGAGAAAACCUAGCGUUUCUACGACCAUAACUCACAAUAUCAGCACGGUAAUUUCGAACGUGGCCACCAGCAACGUCGUCUCGACGAGUUUCUUCAGCGUGAACCUCAAGGACGGCACGACGUCCAAGCCGACCGUGAGCAACGACUACAGUACGCAGACUGUGAUUUCCGAGAAUAAUUUCGAACAGAACUUUGAGAAAGCGUCGACCAGAAGACCCACGAUUUGGACCACUUUGGCUCCGUGGUCCGACAAACCGAGUUUCUAUUUGAAACCAUCGACACCCUCGUUCGUCUUUCCAGACGAGAAUCUGACACCCGUCAACACUAUAGUCGCCAAUAAAGAUCCCAGCUUUUCGCCGACCUCGGGUUUCAAACAGACAACGCCUGCUCCUCACUGCGAGGACGACACGCCCGCUCCCGACGACCUGAUCAAUUUCCCGCCGGUUCGAAAUCCAAAUUUGAACAUCUCCACGCCGAUCUCGCAACAGGAGAAACCGACCAUCGUCGAGACCUUUAACAACACUGGCUAUCCGGAGAUCGAGAUCAUGGGCGAGAACGAUAUUCCGACGCCCACCUUUAUCGAGGACGACGUCUUGACGAACAAAGUCGACACCUUCGUGAACAAGAUCGUCCAAUCCCUGCAAGGGAACUUCCAGGAUCUCAAAGACAUCGUUUACAGUCGCGUAAACGCAACGUCGGCUACGCCGUCCACGGUGACGAAAAGACCAGUCAGCACCACGAAGAAACCCAUACGAAGACCUGCAACGACGUCGAAACCGUCGCAGAGUACAACGCGGAGGCCGGUGACCACGAAGAGGCCAACGAAUCGUCCGACGCCGUCGAAACCAUCGGCGACGGAGAAACCAGGUCGUCCUGCGAAACCGACCACUUUGAAACCGAAACCGACCGCUACGUCCAGCAUCACCACGAAGAAACCCCAGGCGACGACGAAACGGCCCAGGCCGACCAGAAGGCCAACCACAACGCCGGCUACGAGCACGGAAGCAAUUGUUGCCGAAGAAGAAGUAACCAGUCUUUCGACCUCGGUUGAAACUACCACGAGCUCGCCACCGCCACCGACCGAUUUGCGUUCGCAGUGUGGCGUGAGGCCUCUGAUCAGAGAAGGGAAAAUAGUCGGCGGCAAAGCGGCGUUGUUCGGCAAAUGGCCGUGGCAAGUUUUGAUUCGCGAAGCCACGUGGCUCGGCCUGUUCACGAAAAAUAAGUGCGGCGGGGUUCUCAUCACGGACAAAUACGUCGUCACUGCGGCUCACUGUCAACCAGGAUUCUUGGCAACCCUCGUGGCCGUUUUUGGAGAAUUCGAUCUAUCCGGGGAAUUGGAAAAGAAACGCAGCGUCACGAGGAACGUACGACGCGUGAUCGUCAACAGAGGUUACGAUCCCGCGACGUUCGAAAACGAUCUGGCCCUUCUGGAGUUAGAGUCACCGGUGCAAUUCGACGAGCACAUCGUGCCGAUUUGUAUGCCCGAAGAUGGCAUAGAUUAUACCGGCAGAAUGGCCACGGUUACAGGUUGGGGACGGCUGAAGUACAACGGCGGAGUACCAUCCAUGCUACAAGAAGUCCAAGUGCCCAUAAUAAAGAAUUCUGUUUGUCAAGAGAUGUUCCAGUCGGGUGGGCAUUCCAAACUGAUUCUCGACAGUUUCUUGUGCGCUGGAUACGCCACUGGGGAAAGGGAUUCCUGCGAGGGUGACAGUGGUGGACCACUGGUAAUGCAACGACCAGAUGGAAGAUGGUUUUUGGUGGGCACUGUAUCUCACGGAAUAAAGUGUGCCGCACCCUACCUACCCGGUGUCUACAUGAGAACAACUUUCUUCAAACCCUGGCUGCAGGGUGUCACCGGACUCAGGGGAACAGGGAAUUGA